UCACUUUCACUUUUUCUGACUGCCGAGAUAUCACAGCUUCAUAGCCAAUAAACUACAUCAUGAAAUGUAGCCAAUGCUGGUUUAACAAGUGCGGAAAGAAACAAUAACCCUCUCCAUGUAGGCUCUACGAUGAAAUGCCUUAUCAAUAUAUCACUUCCUUUUGACAAAUUGCUUUGGAUCUCAUUGGAGGUUUUUGGCAAAUGCACAACAUAUCUGAAUCAAACACUCUAUCAAAACCAAUUGUGCGCUGAAAGAUUUCAGAGUAAAUGGGUUUGAGGUUAAACCACCAUCUCGGGAUCACUCUCCGGCUGGGAAAACAGAUGCUAUUGUACAUCCAAGAACCACAUCGGAGCUCCAACUGCUGCUGGAAUCCAAGUUUUUCUUAUGUUAGGAGUUGGCUCGUUAAAAACGCAAUUACAACGGUACUUUAAUACAAGUAUAUGUUGCUGUGAAUGUAGCGCCAAAAAGUGACGGGCGUUAACCUCACGCUUUCCCAGGGCUGAUAUGGCGCACGGCACUUAAUAAAUAAAAACAUUGGUCUUUUAUUAUCACAGGGCCCGCCAAAAGAACGUGCUUUGAUGGUCGAAUGCCGUUUUACCUUACGGUACGUUUUCCGCAACUUGUGCUAUUUCAGCAAACUUCAGACUACUCACGCAGAACUGACAUCAUUCUUUCUCGUUUACAGUAAAAGUUAACGGGAAAUGGAAACUAAUAAAUACAAAGCAAUGACUUUAAAAAAAAAAUCCCGACACUGCGCAUAACAAGAGUGCAGCUGAGUUUAUCCUCAUUUGUUCCUCCAGGAAAUCCUUCACGUGUAGAGCCCAUUCACUGAACAGAUUUCAGAAAUUUCAUUGAUAAUUGAAUCGACGCAAGCUGAAGAGUAACAAUAGUAAAAUCUGUUUUCUUUUAGGAAAAUAAAAUGUUAACCAGAACCACUUAGGUUCAACAACUGACUGUAAUGUAAAAUGAUACAUAUGCCUAUCUGGCUGGUUCCAGUGUGUAAAAAAAACACCAAACCACAAUAUUGCAGAUCGAACUAGCCUCGGGCUAUUCUGGCAGAGCUCAUAAACCGGUUGUUUAUGGGCUCUCCAUCAGUCUAAUUUUUUUUGCCUUUAGCGAAGAGUGUCCAAUUCUAUAUUUUCCAUAAGUUCCGGUUCAGCUAUGAUCGGAAGCCCCAUGGCUCUGAGAUCUCCGGGUUACGUGUACCAGGUGGAGCCUGAAAGUUACGACAGUUUGUUGGAGAGGAUAAGUUUUACGGACCCGCCCUGCGUGCAGGUGGCCCCGUCAUUCCCGGCCGACCUGUCCGCGUUACAGACGAGCACCGAGCCGCCGCGGCUCCGACACCCCGACGAGAUCUCGCUGCUGUCGUUCGCUGAUCACGCCUAUCCCGAUGCCUUCGGCAACGACGCCUUCUCGGGUUGGCACUACUUCCCUCAGGUGCCUUUCCAGAGCCCCUUCACUGCCGUCUACGACUACUCGUACGAGCCCGCGUUCAUCCGCAAGCGCAACGAAAGGGAGAGGCAGCGGGUGAAAUGCGUGAACGAGGGCUACGCCCGGCUGAGGCAGCACCUGCCACAGGAGGUGGCCGAGAAAAGACUCAGCAAAGUGGAGACGCUGAGAGCCGCCAUCAGCUACAUCAAAGAGCUGCAGUCGCUGCUCCGGCUGCACGGCGACUACCUGGAGAGGGAGCCGGCCGGGAGCGCCGUUCCCCAGGCAACGGGUGCCCUGGAAACGGACACGGACAAUCACUCCGCAGACCCGAAGCCGAGGUAACCGGGGGUAAAGGGCAGAAGCGACGUGCCUCUGAUCCCGCCGAAGCAGGAGACAGGACAUCAGGGAAUGCAAGAUCGGAGGCAGCGGGCGAACUCCUGCCGACAACGGAAGAUUAUUUUGCAAUAAUUUAUGGCUUUAAAGCCAAUUUCACUGACAAUAAUACACUAUCUAUUUGGGAAAAAUUUUAAGAACUGGUCAGAGCUAAUUAUUAACCCAGAAGAAACGAGCUCACUUCGCCAUUUAGAUAUCCGAGACCGGGUGCUACUUUAGUCCCAGUCUGCAGCUUGUGGGUAUUAAUUUUAAAUGAAUGAUCUUAGUGUUGUGUAUUUGUUUCCUAUCAGUGGUCUGAACGCGGCUGGGAAGUCAAGCCUGUGAGCCUGGGCCGCCGCUCAAAAUACUUGAACCUUGAGCCCAUGGCUUCCUCGAGCAGUUAAUCACACCCUCCCCUCCUUUGAUGCUUCUCGUGCCCGAAUAUCCGCUAUUCUCAAAUACGAACACCUCUCUAAUUUCAUAGCAUUUCAGAAUUUUAAAAUAAAAUUCCCAUUCUUUACUCCGUGUAAUUCACGGGAGCUUUUCAGUACCCCCCCCCCCUGUAAAACCCUCUCAGAUUUCUAUUCCUUAUACUUCCGAGCGCUGUGUGUCAAUUAUCCCUCAUCAGAAAACUUUUUUUAAAAUCCCUAGAAUCAAAUCUAUGCGGCACGUUUAUCAAUUUAAUCUUCCUUGGGUCGGGAAUGUGCCCACAGUACUCGGGGCGAGGGUUUACCAAAACUUGGUUUAGUUAGAUAUUUGUGUAAAACACCUCACCGAUGUUUGGCGUGCCUGCAUGCCAACUUCUUACCUAAAGCAUAUAAUUUUCAACUGGGUUCAAUAUCGCUAUUCAUCGCGCUGAAACAGGGAACUCGUUUAUCGUUCCACCGUCUUUUUGUGGGCUCUUUUAACCAGUCUCUUCUCGCCCUCCUCCGAGCUCAUUUUCCCGUCGAGCUUUCCACAGUGAACAAAAAUACACACUAUAGGCUCCAUUCAGACACACAAAGCUUUGCAGUCUUCGUUGGAUGUGGGUUUAAUCACUAAAGUUAAAUGGGAACAAUAGAGAGCACUUUAUAACGACAACAACGAUGGGGCAGUUGUUUCUUAUCCUAUUGGUCUGCUUUGCUCUUUAUUUACUCCAAGAGCUAACAAAAUACUUUGGAACACACUACAUUGGAGUAAGUCAUGACAAGAAUUUGUCAUCGCCAAUCAGUCAAUCAAUAUGUAAUCAAAAUGUGAAGAGAGUGGGACGCCUUAAGUGAACAUUGAAGCUCAAAUAGAGAACAGCGUUUCCUUAAUUUUUGCCUUAUUAGUGGAGAGGGUAGUUGUGGAAUACGUUUUACUGUACUAAAUUAUAAGGAACGGGGUUAGUUCUCUUGCAGAUCUUCAACGUUAUUGAUUUUUUUUGGUGGUAUACUUUUCCUUACUAAAGUUUUGAUCCCUGGUCGAUAACAAAUCAAUACCUGGCUUUAAAAACGGCUUGGUUUUAUUAAUCGACUGGGUUAUUUAACAGCAACCGACCACCGUAGCGUGGUCGAUACAAAAGGCCCGUCUGGAAUUUAUCUGCCAAAGAAAUAACUGCAGGUCAGAGAUAGCUUUAAAAAGUACUGCCUGAAACUAAACGUGAACAAAUCUAAGAAAUGUCCAACAAGCCCACGAGUCACAUGGUUUACGGUAGUUUUCUUAGAAUUAAUAACAUUGUGCAAAACUGCAAUGUGCUUUUUGAAAUCCAGCUGGCUUUUGUCUCAAAUGCUUUUCUGCUACCGUUUCACUGCUUUUGAAACGCAUUGUUAUUUGUUAAUCUAAUUUAUAACACUUCAACUGGACUCACAUUCCAGGAUUAUGUUUAAAUUUUGAUUAUUAUGUUUAUUGAAAAUAGUUGUCAUCAAUAAAAAAAUCUUUAUUUGCA